CACCGGCGUGAUAACUUAGACUAUCGCGAAUUUAAAAAAAAAGUCGAUCGAAAAAAUCUCGAUCCAAAGAUAAUCAGGAAUUUGUCGGCUGCUGGAAAAUAGACUUCUCUGGGCAAACUUCUUUGGAGAAAUUAACGAGAAUUUCCUGAGUUCUACACGUGAAUCCGGAUUUAUUGCCUCCUAGACGUCUUCGAAUUCCUUGUCGGGACGUAAAGUAAUAAUGAAGUACUACGGUGUCACAGCGAUUGCUCUUUUCUUCGUCUUCGGAGUAGCUGUCAGCAGAGAGAACUAUAUGGAUUACACAGCUGACGAAAACGUAGACCGCGAUCUUGAGGAUCUCCGCGAGUUCUACAGAUUCCUGGUGCGUCAUAAUUCAAUGGAUAACAGUUACCCUGCAGGAGUGAACAUGGCAGGCUCUAGUCUUGAUAUACCGUACGAACAUCUCAUGAUUCGAAAAUCCCAACGUUCACCCUCGCUCCGUCUUCGUUUCGGUCGCUCUGGUCCAGCAAUUCCACCGGAAGGAUUGAUGUCGAGAUUGGGCUCGAGCUCUUCAGGAACGGAAGAAAAUUAAAUAUCCCGCUUUUUUCAGCGAAAAACCACACGAAAAUUUAAAUAAAAAUAACGAAAUUCAUUUUCGUAUCUCGUAAUACGAGAAAAUUCAUUCUGUAAUACAUAUAUCUGUGUAUCAUUGUGAGAUAUAGUCGAUACUCCUGAGUUCCAUUUGUAAUAAAUACAAUGACUUUUCUGCUAAUGCAACAGAAAUUUACGCAAUUAUAUCUGUAGUCAAUUCUAUUUUAUAAAAUCCGACCGUUCGGUCAAAAAUCUACUGAAAUAUUAUCAAUCAUUUUGAUUUAUUUCUUUAUUUUCAAGUAAAUGUGCCAAAAUUCAUUGUACUUCUGCAAUAAAAAAUUUAUUAUUCAACA